AUGGCCAUCACCGGGACCGUAAGCCAUCAAGUAACAUCUUCCAGAAAUGUGGCGGAUAGCAGCGUCACCUGUGCUGCAGCUGCCGAUCCCAGCACCGGCCAAACUCUCAUUUCCACCGCGGUGAAUUUCCCGCAUCCGAACUCUUUAGUGGACGAAGUGGUAGUCCACGCGGAUCACGUAAACCCUAGCCUUGCGCAUUUGACCCUUUCCAGUGAUCCCUUAUCAUCUACGGCUCCAACAGAUCAUCUAAUGAGAUUCACAGAUGAACUUAGCAUUUCGAUGAAACCGAAUUUGGUCGGCUCUCCGCUUGUGGAUGAUGAAGAUGAUGAUGUACGCUCAUUGCUAGCAGCUGCAGCCGCCGUUGCUGCGGCUGCAUCGCCCACGUCCCCACAACUGCGAUCCUCUUCGUCUGGUUUGAAUACUCCACCUCACACUCGGGUUUGCAACGCUUUGGACAAUGUCGCCAGUGAUAGUGUGAAAGAUGGUUUAGAUAGUCACGAACACGGUUUGCAUACUCCAGGGGGAGCAGCACUACUGGUAUCGCGACUGAAUUCGACCGCCGCAGCUUUUGCUACAAGCGAUACAAAUGAUGACGAUGAUGAUCCGUUAUCAAUGCUCAUCCCCAGCACUGUUUCUCAACACCAUAACAGUUUGACUUAUCCCUCUUCUCUUAUGGUUUGCACACCACCCACAUCCUUGAGUGACCCAUGUUCCCACCUUUCCGACGUUUCUAAUCCCCCUCCGGUGUGCACCCACACUCCUGUAGCAGUGGGAAACCAACCAACUGGCGACGAAUCUCGAUUCCGCCCAUCCUGUACGCCUUCUCCGGCCACUCCAUGUGAUUCUCCUAGGGCGUUGGAUACCCACCCCAUGGGUAUACAGUUUCAAACCUCUUUACUGUCUAUCCCUGCUACAACAACAACGGCAGCAGCAGCGGUGACUCUCAAUAUGACCGAGCCGACCAACAAGGCCGCCGCUUCAACAGGUAUGACAGCUAUACCAUCCGCUAACUUUGUCCCUUUCUCUCCUGGAGGAGCACAACAUCCUCUGGUAUCCACUCCGCAACCGGAUUCCCAUUUCCCUGAGUUUAUAAGCAAAUCAGCUCCUUCCAACGUUACUCGUAUCCCAAACCUUGGCUCCUCCAGUAUGCCCCCACACAGCCCCACCGGUGCAAUAUCUGAUGUUCACAUAACUGCGGAUCCUACGACAUUCAUUUCUAAACCAACAUCAGCAUGUCCCAGUCCUCAGGGACCGGUCAUUCAACGACCUGACACCAUCAAGCCCGCAGUGCCGGUUUACUCAGAGUCCACUCAUACAAAUGUGUCACACGACGACGUAGAUUGCGGGUGGACACAGAGCCCUACCACACACGCUGUCCUACUGCGAGUAUCUCCCGGUCAUCAUCCAUCCGUAGCAGCUGAGGAUGAGUUCGAUGCAUGCUCACCAAGUGCAACUGCGGAAAAUUUGAAAGAUUUGGAACAGGUUAUUUCCUCCCACUCCGCUUCUUUGCCGGCAACCGAUGACUGUGAUGAUGAAUUAUAUCUACUUAAAACUUCUCCUUUUGACCUGGCCACUACACUGAAAACAGAUACUUCCUCCCUCAAAUCCGGAACUAAACCAUUAGUUGCUCAGUCAGAGUCAGAACUGGUGCCAUCGAAACCCGCACCAUCACUGAUAAGUUCAGAUUCAGGGGCUGGCGUCACCUCAGUCAGUCCAAAACCAAUUCCUCUGGAUACACAACAAACGAUACUGGUUGUAGACAGUGCGAGCGUUGAACCAUCUGUCGAUCAGUCACAGAACAACGAUCCCACCAUUCAGGACAUGUUUACAAAUACUCCGACAUCGGUAUGCGCCUCAGAUGCACUUCCACUUGUUCCAAAAGACACUUCAGUCGUAGAGGUAGUAGAGCAUGAGGUCAGUCAAGAGGACAUUGACUUCCUUCUUCCAGUGGACCCAGUUCACAAUGAUUCUGGUUCUCCCACCUCACCCCUACCGUCCUCUCCGGACCAACACACCAGUCUAGGUUCUACUGGAGUUCAACCUGUAUGUGAAAUUUCUCUUGACGAAACAACUGCCAUACCCGAGGUGGAAAUAUUGGGUAUAAAUUCUGUGUCCUCCGUGAACAUAAAUGGUGGUGCUACUUCAGAACCGGAGGCGGACGAGGUUGUGGUUUCUGAGCCGGUGGCACAAUCAAAACUCAUCCUCGGCGAAAGUGAACAGGAAAGAACGGUCGAGGAAGGGGAGGAAGUCUAUGAUGAGGAGGAAUACGUAAAUGCGGCAGUAGCUGCUGUCGAUGAUGUGGUGUUUGCAUUGGCUGGUAAUCGUAAACCGGAUCCGUCUUUGGAAAUUGAUCCAGCUUUAGAGGGCACGGGAACAGACCGGAUAUUCACACUGAGUCUCGCGCCGGUUCAUCGUAAUGAGCCUCCCGUCUGCUCUGUGCAGUCGAUCUGUUCGGUAAACGCGUUUGCACUGAAUAGUGCCGGAAACAAUGGCCACGCAGAUGGUUCGAACAACUUGCUAACUGUAGCACGGCGCUCAGUGAGCUUUCCAAGUUCGACAGUGAUCGCUGGUUCCUUGUCGGCCUGUACACCUUACGCCCAAUCGCGGUCCACGAAUGCCACAGAUAACUCAGGGAUGCAAUCCGACUUUGAUGGUACUCCGGUGGCAAAUCCAACUGGCAACACGACUAAUAAUGCGACACCCACCGUUGUGACUGCCAACCUUAACUGGGAUCAACGUGAUGGAAAUGGAGACUAUUUGUGUCCAGCUUGUCCUCGUGUGUUCCCUCAAAAAGCACUUUUACUCAAACAUCGAGUUGUGCACGAUGAACCGAAACAUUUUUGUGACACUUGCGGUCGAUGUUUCGUACGGGAGGACAAACUGAAGCGUCACGUGAUGUCUAUCCACACGGCUGAAAAGCCACAUGUCUGUCAUAUUUGUACCAAGGCGUUUUCUCGCAAAGACAAAUUAAAAGAUCAUCUGAAGCACCACGAUCGCGCGGCCCGUAACUUCGAGUGUCAGCAAUGCCAGCAACCGUUUGUGCAGAAAUCUGAUUUGAACCGACAUAUUCGUGGGGUGCAUCAGGGCGAGCCUGGUAUUGGAAUCAACAUGGGCACAAAACGACGAGCACCUGGUCUUACUCCCGCAAAGCCGUCGAAAAAGAAAUCUAAAUCACUUUCAGCCAUCGGUGAUUCUGUUCUUCCAAAGAUCGAUCCCGGCCCGUCUGCUUCCAUUGCCACAAGCACAACAGCGUCUGCAGUUCCGGCUGUGCGUUCCACUUUGGCAUGUUCGAAUGUGAAGACAGCGAACGGUAAAUUAGUAUCUGUUACGCUCAAGAAAGGUCAGUCCAACGUGACUGACUGUCAGUCGGGAACUGCAGCAGUCGAGCCAACCGCCUCGUCCACGAUGACCGGUUCUUCGAUUGAAGCAUCCAUUGCUGCAGCGGCUGCAGCUGCUGCUAGUCUCGGUGCACUACCUCCCACCGCGAACCCGAUGCCCCCGGGGAACCAUCACCACCCUGUGUUUGCUGCUGCAGCUGCAGCUUCCGGAUUUAUGCUGCCCACAAUGGCUCUCACUCAAGCGCAUCAACAAUUCGUGCAGCAACAUCAACAACAGCAGCAACAACAACAAGCAGCUGCAGCGGCCGCAGCAGCCGCGGCUGCUAUGCUUCCAACUGGUACUGCUGGUGUGACUCCGGCUCACCAAUCCGCAGUUGCAUUGCAACAGCAGCAGCAGCAGCAACAACAACAACAGUUUUUCACGAUGACCAACGGUUCUCAGUCGUCUGCCGCUACAGUGGUCACAACUAAUCCUCAACAGGCUGCCGCAUUGGCACAUUCCGGUCCGGCGCAAACGACAGUUCAUGUUCAGCCGGAACUGAAAACCGUCGCUACUCCAAACGGUCCGAUGAUGGUACUCACACGAAUCGCUGCGGCAACUAAUCAAACGGCUGGGCAGACACAACAGUUGACUACCGGUCAGGCAAUGUUCCCUCAAAUGGUCGGUUUUCACACAUCCAGUGCACAACAGCAGCAACAACAGCAACUUCAACAACUACAACAACAGGCUGCAGUGGUACAACAUCAGCAAUUGUUACAGCAACAACAACAGCAACAGGCCACGGUGAACAAUUGUUAUCAACUGGCUGCUGCUCUCUAUCAACAACACCACCCCGGGUUAAUGCUCGCAGCGGCUAAUGGUGGUGUUGGUGCUUCGGCAGGAGCCGCGGGAUCCACUGUGGCUGCUAUGGCUUUACAUCAACAACAGCAACAACAACAGUAUCAACAGCAGCAACAUGCCGGACUCAUGGCGGCGUAUCAUCAGCAUCAGCAGGCAGCCCACCAACAUGCAUUGCAGCAACAACAGUGA